GUAUUGGAAAUUGCUAUUCUAGCCUGAACUAUGUAACAAACUUCCUCAUUUGGCCUGGAGGCGGGUUUGACCGUUAAAUUAGACAGUCAAACUUGUUGAUCGUUAGUCAAUGUCCACUUCACCUGCCACGUCAGCUUUGAGGACAUAAAAUAUUUUUUUUAAUUUCUGAAUUUUGUUUUCUUGUCAUUUGCUAAAAAUGGGCCCUUUUUCGUUCUUUUAAUUAAUUUUUUUGAUUUAUUAUUUUUAUUAAUCGAAAGAAAAUAAAAUUCAGAAAUAAAAAAAAAAUUAUGUCCUCAAAGCUGAUGUGGUAGGUGAGGUGGACAUUGACUAACGGUCAACAGGUUUGACCGUCUAAUUUGACGGUCAAACCCGCCUCCGGGCCAAAUGAGGAAGUUUGCUACAUAAUGCAGGCUACAAUAGCAAUUUUCAAUACAACGGACCAAAGUAGAAAGUAUGUGUAUAGUUCAGACGAAACUAAAGUAUUAACCCAUUUCUAAAAACACGGACCAAAAUUAAUUACAUGGUAAUAGUUCGGAACUUUUCCAAUUCGAAAAAAAAAAACCAAGUUGGCGGGAUCAAAGGACGUUGAUGGUUGAUGAUUUCCGGGGAAGGAAAGUAGUCUCUACUCCGCGAGCUGCAUCUCUGGCUGCUCUGCUCUCAGCUCAUCUAGGGUGUCGGAUUUAGCCUCUUUCUCUUUCACUCUCUUUCAAUCUUCCGAUUAUUGCUGUAUGACAGUAAUAUUUUCUCGCGCCCAAUUUAAAGUGUGAUCGUGGGAUCCCCAAACCCUAAUCGGGCGCUGUUCUUUGCGAAUUUUGGUGGGAAAGAAUCAUGGCCGGGAGCGGUUUGACUCCCGAUGAAGCUAUUGAAAAGCUCGUGCAAAUGGGAUUCGAGAAACCUUCCGUCGUGGAGGCGGUGAACCAGAUGGGUCCUUCGUUGGAUGUUGCCUUUGAUUAUCUCUUGAAUGGUAAUUCUCGGAAACCCGGCGGUGGUUUAAACAGUUCGAGGUAUCCUACUUCUACCGCUAGUAAUGGGAAGAAGGUUCUUGGUAAAAGAGCGAUGGUGUCUUCCUCUAGCUUGGGGCCCAGUCGGCAAUCCAGCAUUUUGGAAUAUUUCGGGUCGGGUAGUGGAUCCAAACGGAGCAAAGGUCCUGGUUUACCUUGUGUAGUGUCACCCCGGGUUGAGGAAUGUUCAAAGGGUAUUGACAGUAAUCACCACAGAGAGAAAAUGGAAGAGGCCGAAUCAGUUUGCUGCUCUAGAGAGGUCGUAGAUGGUGGGAUGAAUUGGGAGGAGAGAGCUACUAGUCUAUUGCGAAAGCAUUUUCGUUAUUCAUCGUUGAAGAGUUUUCAAAAGGAAGCUUUGGCUGCUUGGGUUGCUAACCAGGAUUGUCUUAUACUUGCUGCCACUGGCUCUGGUAAAUCUCUGUGUUUUCAGCUUCCAGCGCUCUUGACAGGGAAAGUGGUUGUUGUUAUUUCACCAUUGAUUAGCUUGAUGCAUGAUCAAUGCUUGAAGCUGUCAAAACAUGGAGUCUCUGCAUGCUUUCUUGGAUCGGGACAACCAGAUAGCAGCGUGGAAAAGAAAGCAAUGAGAGGAGCAUACGAUAUAGUAUAUGUCUGCCCAGAGACAGUUCUCAGACUGAUUAAUCCACUUCAAGGUCUAGCAGAAAGUCGAGGGAUUGCUGUGUUCGCAAUCGAUGAAGUUCAUUGUGUUUCUAAGUGGGGCCAUGAUUUCAGACCUGAUUAUCGGCGAAUGUCCGUUCUGAGGGAGAAUUUCAGUAGUAGCAGUUUAAAAUGUUUGAGUUCUGAUAUUCCACUGAUGGCAUUGACCGCUACAGCCACGGUUCAGGUUCGAGAAGACAUCCUUAAAUCAUUGAGGAUGUCGAAGGAGACAAAAAUAGUUCUUACUUCUUUCUUCAGAUCAAACCUUCGAUUCGCGGUAAGACAUAGCAGGACCUCUUCUCCAGCUUCUUAUAGGAAGGAUUUUCAGCAGCUGAUUGAAAUGUAUACCGGAAAUAGGAAGUGCAACAAUAAAACACAAAUUAUGGCAUCAAAGAAAGUCAAUGAUAUGUCUGAGAGUUCUGUCUAUGAUAGCUCAUCUGAGGAAGAAAGCAGUGAUAUAGAUGAAGCUAUAGUAGAUUCAACUAAACAAAGUGGAUCACCUGCUUCAAAGAUCAAAGAGAUGUCAAUCGAGUAUCUGGAGAAUGAAGUUGAUGUCUUUCAAGAUGUAGAUGAUUGGGAUGUUUCACAUGGGGAAUUCCAUGGGCAGCCUUCUUCCUCAGAAUGGGAUAUGGAUGAGUCAUCUGAGGCAAUCAAUCAUCCUGACAAUCCACAAAAGAGGCUAAAACUAAAGGAAGAGCAAUUGGAGGAAGGACUCAGCAUAAUAUACGUUCCUACAAGGAAAGAGACAGUGGGCAUCGCAAAGUAUCUCUGUGGUUUAGGUGUGAAGGCUGCUGCUUAUAAUGCAUCGUUGCCAAAAUCACAUCUACGUAGGGUCCACAAGGAAUUUCAUGAUAAUAUGCUCCAGGUUGUGGUGGCAACUAUUGCAUUCGGAAUGGGGAUCGACAAGCUAAAUGUUCGAAGAAUUAUCCACUAUGGAUGGCCACAGAGUAUAGAGGCUUACUAUCAAGAAGCAGGCCGUGCGGGGAGAGACGGGAAGCUAGCAGAAUGCACCUUGUACGCCGACCUGUCAAGACUACCAUCUCUGCUUCCAAACAAAAGAAGUGAAGAUCAAACAAAGCAAGCGUAUAAAAUGUUGUCUGACUGCUUCAGGUAUGGAAUGAAUACCUCGAGUUGCCGUUCCAAGAUCCUCGUGGAGUACUUUGGGGAAGAUUUUCGUCACGAAAAGUGUCUAUCGUGUGAUGUAUGUGUCGGUGGGCCUCCCAACAUGCAGAACGUGAAAGAGGAAGCUGGUGUUCUGAUGCAGAUUAUUGCUGCUGCGUAUCACGCACAGACUGAUUUCGGUAAUGGCUAUUAUGAUGAUUUGAUUGGUGAUGCAAAACCACAAAGACUAAUGCGAACACCUGAUCUCAGAACUUUAGUUAGUAAGAUAAGGGAGCAGUUACCAAAGUUCUGUGCUACUGAUCAGCUGUGGUGGCGAGGUCUGGCUCGAAUCCUGGAACAGAAAGGAUUCAUAAAAGAGAGCGACGGCAAGGUCCAUGUGCAGAUAAACUUUCCUGAACCAACGAGGCUGGGGCUUGAAUUCCUGGAGUUCGAUCGAGAUCAGCCUUUCCAUGUUUACCCUGAAGCAGACAUGCAACUGUCAAUGAACAGCACCAAAACUUUCUCCAGUUUUGCAGAAUGGGGGAGAGGCUGGGCUGAUCCAGAAAUCCGUCGUCAGCGCUUGGCGAGGAAGAGAUCAUCACCAUCGAAGAGAAAGCCAAGGAAAGCUAGGAAGAAGGGUCGAGCAACUAACAAAUUUGGUGGUGGCCGGAAACCUGACUUGAAGACCGCGAGAGGUAGAAUAGCAUCAAAACUCUUUAGUCACUAGUGAUAAACCAGACUGGUGACUGAUAUAGCAAAAACAUGUAAUCAAAGUUAACUCAGAGAGCUAAACUCUCCGGAGUCAUUCUUUAGUCUUCCUAGUAGCACUACUCAAGAACCAUACACAAGUAUCAGAACUGGCUUUGUGGUUUGGGUUCACUCACGACUGGUUGGUGUUCAGGAACAAUGUUGGAGAGGCUGAUAAUUAUCCAAUUCAUCUUUGAUGGCAAUUAGGUUACCAUAAUACUCUGACAGACUGACUACAUUGUUUUAGACUGCUUAAAGCUUCAGUAAGUUCAGCUAUCCUUACCACAUCUCCUUGGCCAUACCUCGAUCUGAGACUUCUUCAGGCUUUAAGGGAAGUUUUGCAGGACAUGAUGGUCUUCCGGAUGCUGGGAUAGACUGCCUGCUGGAUCCAUGAAAGGACCAUGGCAUUGUUCUUGUUUCGGGCCCAUAAUUAAGGUGAUUCUCUCCUGGACGUGUGAUUGUGCCAUUGACAAAUCCAAGCUUGUUUUUGGCUCCCAAAGCAUUUAACAUGGUCUGGCUCCAGUUGUUAUAGUUGGCAGUGGUAAGCUUCUUUCCCACCAACGGCAACCCUGGCUGCUCAAAUCCAUGUAGGUAGUAAGGAUCCGCCAUGGGAUCUGCAAUUGCUCGAACAUUCUCACUUGCAGCCAUGUUUGUGGCAGGUAGGGUUUAGAAACCAGACUUUUAUACCAUGACAACACCUUUAGAUUGAGAAACGCUAAUCACCUAAGGUGUUCUCAUUUCAUACCACAACUUAUAUAGUGGAUAGAUGGAUACAAAGUGUCUGGUGAGUCUUACAAUUCAAUGAAGAAGACAAAGCUUGGGAUAAAAGCAAGUACAUACCGAAAAUGGAAAAGAGCAGAAUUAAAACUGCGAGGAUUACUUGGACAAUUUGCCAGAAAUGACAUCACUCCAUGAAUGUCUCUUUUCCUCUGCAGGUGAUGGUACGAUGUCGCACGGGCUCCCCUUCUUCUUCUCUGCAAAUUCCUCUUCUCUGUUUUGAGCCGUUGGAGAUUCAAAGAUGGGUGAUUGCGAAAAACCUUUGCAUUCCUUUGAUAGCUGUAAUAAAGAAAUCACCUAAAAUUGC